GCGGCGGACACUGGCCUUGAAAAAAAAAACGCCUUCACGCACACGCACGCACACACAAGUGCAAGCUGUUUUCUUGAUAAAAAGUAGACGAAAGUAAACGAUAAACCAUGAGUGACCCAGUACAACCUCCGCCCCCAUAUCCUGCAUCAGACUUCAAAAGCCCUGAUGGGAGUUACCCACAACAGGGGCAGCCAGGGUACCCACCACAGGGGCAGCCCGGGUACCCGCCACAGGGCCAGCCUGGGUACCCUCCAGAGGGUCAACCUGCAUAUCCACCACAGGGUCAACCUGCGUACCCGCCUCAGGGUCAACCUGGGUACCCGCCUCAGGGUCAACCUGGGUACCCGCCUCAGGGCCAGCCCGGUUACCCACAGGGCCAGACUGUUGUCGUCAGUCAGCCAACCGUCACCACAGUGAUUCAACAGAUGUUUCGGGAGUUUCCAGUGCAGUGCCAGUGUCCCAACUGCCACAAUCAAGUGACAUCCCAAAUGACUUAUGUAACUGGCUCGCUGGCCUGGCUGCUGUGUGUAAUCAUGUUCUUCUGUGGGUUGUGGCUGUGUUGCUUCUUGCCAUUCUGCAUCGAUGGCUGCCAAGACGCAAUCCACAACUGCCCAGUUUGCAAGUACCAGCUGGGCGUGUACAGUCGCCUCUAGGCUAACACCCAAAACGAGGUAACCCCUUGACCCUUCACCCCUCAGUUAUACCCAGUGAUACCCAUUAAGGUGGCUUAUGAGGUUAUUACAAGUGUACUUUUAAAAUAGUGACGUCAUUUGGCACUUUCCUAGAGAAGUAAGACUUUCUAUUUCUUAAAUCCCAAGGUUAUAGUCAAGAUUUGGUAAAAAUUAAGAGGUGUCGGGUUAUUGUAAACAGCGUGUGUAAAUUACUUGUAACUCUCUAACAUGAAUAUUAUAGGUUUUCUAAUGUAAAAUACAUGUAAAUGUUUAUAGACUCCCUUUGGCUUACAGUAAAGCCCGGUUCAUACCUUCUGCAAAUGCGAAGCAUUUGCAGGAAGUACACUGUAUGAACCUGGCUUAAAGGUGGGGGCAGUCUUGGGUCAGCCACUAAAAGCAAGAGUGCAUGGGAGACCCAGGGCCGACUCGAGGUAAAGCAAUAUGGAAUGUACCAAAUGUUUGCUUCUCUCAAAAUUUAAUUGUCUCUCUUUUACCAACAACUUGGAGGAGUUGCAGGUACCCAAAUAUGUUGCUAAUGUACCCAGCAAUGUUGCAUUAUGUGGAGGUACAUUUAUCCUGUUGCCUACAUGUAAUAGAUGACAGGGUACAUUUAACCUGUUGCCUAUUAGGUAUUAGGUGUACAUUUAACCCAUUGCCUACUAGGUAAGGUGAACAUUUAACCCAUGCGUAAUACACUGUAGGUGAGAAGGUACAUUGAACCUAUUGCCUAAUAAUAGGUAAGGGGAACAUUUAACCACUUGCCCUAAAUGUACACUUAACCUGUUGCCUAAUAGGUAGUUUUAAGGGGUAUAUUUAACCCAUUGCCUAAAAUGUGAGUGUAUGUACACUUAACCCGUUGGCUUAUAGGUAAGGGGUACAUUUAACCUGUUGACCAAAUAGGUAAGAAGUCAUUGAACCCAUUGCCUAAUAGGCAAGGGGUGCGUUAACCCAGUGCUAAUAGGUGAGGGGUUCAUUUAACCCAUUGCCUCAAAGGUACCCAGAUAAUUGUGAAAUACUGCAUGUACCCCUAUGACAAAAAGGUUUAACAUGUGGCAUUUAUCUUCUUGUAUAAGAUCAAGCUAUGAUAUUACUUUAUUGUAAACUUGUAUUUUUACCAUUUAACUUUUAGAACUUUUUACUUUUAGAAAUAAAUUAUGUAACAUCAUUUCCAACAAUUAUUCCAUUGUGGUCGCAAACUUUGAUGCAACUGCGUGAGUCCACAAGUGGCCCAAAUUUUGCAAUGAAGGUUGCACAAAUGAACUAUACGCAGUGUGAACAUUUGCGAGCUGCAAGCUGACGUAAAGAGGCUUCGAAGUGGCUGCAGAAUUUUUUUUUCAAAUAUCUGUAUGUAGUUAAACAUUAUCAGUGUCAAGAAUAAAUGUGGUAUUUUAGCAUUAUACAUGUACGUAAUAUUAAAUGGAUUUUUAAAAAAAAUAGCUUAGCCAUUUUAUUUUAUGGGAUUAUUUUCUGCAUGCUUUUUAGUAUAUUUUUUUUACAGAGUUUCGUGUAUUUAAAGUUCAUGUAUAAGUAUAUCAUAAUACACUAACUCAAAAACUAGGGAUUUUUUUCUUCAUGAAAACACUUCUAACACUCCUGCACAACUCCUAAAAUAUUUGUAGAUAAUAAAAAAAAAAGUGGCCAAGCGGUUGAUAGCAAGUUCUGGUGGUUAAGUCAUCGGAGUGUCUGUUCAAAUC